AUGUUAGUGGGUUUGUUUAAGAAGUUGGCGGGUGUGUUUGGAUUUGGGCAGGAAAGGCAAUCGAUUUCGGUGACGGAGAUAAGCGACGCGGAGAUAACCAGCCGAGAUUUCGUGAAACCGAGCUACCCAGAAAAGGAUUCGGAGUUCCGGUUCGAGUUGCCGUCGAAAGGUCACAACUUGAUUGCUGGUUUUCCCGGAGUUGCAGAAUCUUUGUUUGAAGCUAGACAAGCUGCGAUUGCUCAGGAGAAGAUCAAAUCUGGUGAAGCACCUAUGCUUUAUAGCUGUGGAAUCUGUGGUGAAGGUUACAAGAGCCCCAAGGCUCAUGAGCAGCAUCUGAAGUCGAAGAGCCACAUUGUGAAGGCUUCAUCACUAGAGACAAGCAACGGAGAAGAGGAUACAAAGAUAAUCAAGCAGCUUCCUCCUCGUCGUGUUGAGAAGAACGACCCUGCUCAGUUAAAAGGUUCGAUUGAGGCAUAGUUGUGCCUAUAUUGUGCCUUUGUUUGAUGUUUUAGAUAACUCAAAGUAGGAUGCUGAUACGCUAAACGUAUCGGAACGGUAGAACAAAGGCACAAUCUAAUAAUAACACUCUUUAUUAUAGAUUGAUAAACGUAAAAACACGAUUAGAGAGAAGGGUUCGAGAGGUCUCUCUUCCUCUCCCACACACUUUGAUCAACUCCGUGAUACCCUUUUCCCAAGACCCUAUUCUCUCUUUAACGCUAACGAUGACUCAGGACACGUGCCCAUUCCCUCUAGAGACUUCUAGAUCCUUCUUCCACUCUUAUUGGAUAUUCAGGUGCAAGACCCAGCCAGGGCCUACUAAGUGCACCGAUCACUAAUUCCCAUUAGGCCUCACACGUAACAGAUGCAAUGAGUUCUAAUUCUCUAUGAUCUACAUAGGUGGCUCAGACUUGAAGUAUGAUACAAGAAGAGACUUGGAUGAUGUGGGUGCCACAUGCGUUGGAGUGAAUCCCUUGAACAAGCUACCUGAUUCUAAGCUUGACUCAAAGAAUGUCGGUGUUUAAGACGGAGUAGUAUUCUUGACAUACAAUAGCCUUAUUGCUUCCUCUGAGAAGGGCCGUUCUCGUUUGCAGCAGCUUGUUUGAUGGUGUGGACCAGAAUUCGAUGGUCUCUUGAUCUUUGAUGAGGUAGCAAAUCCAUGAAUGAUGUAUAGCAAAUCCAUGAAUGAUUUCUGAUUUUAUCAUAUUUGAGCUAAGUAUUAGUAGAAUAUUUUUUAAUUUUUAAGAAUCUUGUCAAAGUGUUCUCUAUUGUAUGUCUUAAAAGUUUUUAAAAAAAUGAAUGAAGCUCUUAAUUUAAAUUAAUAAUAUAUUUAAUAAUAAAA